UCGAUACAGCCGCCAGGCGCAUUUCGCCACCGUCAGCGUGGGAGGGUGACUCAGACGUGAGCUACCCAACUCGCACACCCUAGGCAGCCAAUGUCUACGAACGACGAUCGCGGGCGCGUGGGCUGGUGUUGGUGUUGGUGAUUCGCCAAUUGACUCGCCAGCCUUCUGGCACCUUCGUCGCCUCUCUUCCGACGAGGGCGAAGCGCGCACAUGACAAGGAAUCGGGCUGCGACAUUGGGAUUUCCAAUCAUGGGCUCCUGCCUGCCGACCUGUCUUAGGUCCUGCGCUUUCCUUGUUUGUGUCAUCUGUCGCUCGUUGCGGUCACCAGCUGCGGAAGCCUGAAAUGCUGCUCUGACCCAUAGUUGCCUUUCUGACUCCCGGUGGCUCAGCUUCCACUCUAUUCAGCAGCCUAGAGAGGGUACCGCUGAAUGCUUACCAACAACCGAUCUUUCGACUAAGGACAGAUUACAUUACCCGACGACGAGCACUGCAGUCUACAAGUACUGCAGCUCUCCCACACCCUCGCGAUCCAUCCCUCCGCGCGAUCCUCCAUCUGUCACGGACUUAGACGGACAACGACACGCCAAGCAUAGAGUUCACGACGCGACGGACUUCGCCACGCGCAUUACUCCGUUGAUACAUAAUCCGCCUGUCGCCUGCCUGUUGGCACACUUGCUGCCUGCUACGACACUCGCACAACCGCAUUCGCGACGACCAGCGAUGGCAUUAUCACAACCGCAGCAAGAGAAGAAGAGAAUGGGCACGGGUUCACACUUGCUCACACCAGAGGAGCCAACGAUCGAUAGCUUCGACGAGCCACAACCAGUUCGCGUGGUCGAGCCACGCUCGCCACCAGAGUCGCCAGCGUUCCGACCACUUUCGGCGUUGGACGCAGCAUCGCAGGAAGACCAACAGCUCUAUCCUGUAUCCGAUUCAACACACGCCCAGCCUUUGUUCCAUAGCAAUACCACGCCGAGGACGACACCAGAUCGCGACUCCUCUGCUUCCGUCGCAAGCGAGCCGGCCACAUCGCCAAAGACCCCAAUCUCAGGAAAGGAUCAACACUGGUCACGCAAGAACUCGUCUGGUGUGAUUGGCAUCGUGCAACGAUACAACGCCGACCCGCACGCCUGGCGUCAGAAGUGUCUGGACGAGCUGAUGGAAAUGAAACGGCUCAAACUCGAGGCAAGACAACUGCCGCCACCCACUUCGCGCCCUGUGAAUCGCGACUCACAUACACAGCGUCUCCUCGAGAGCCUGGGCAAAUCGCGAGUUGCGAAGAGCACACCAGCUGCAGUGGAGACCAUCGAGAGGCGAUCGGAAAAGGUGGCCUCGCCCAUCAGGCCAACCCGAGCAAAUGCUAGCGACGAAAGCCGAAGGCAACCACCCACAAAACGACACAUCAGGCAGACUUCGACACCAACCAACACUCUCGCUGCUCUGUCCCAGGCUUCAGCUGCACCCAAGCCCCGCACUCGGCAACCACCAAGCAAAGUGGUCGAACGCAAAGACCAAAGCUGGACCGAGGUGGUGGAUUACUGUCCUCCCAAGGAGUCGCUUGACUCUAUGAGCAGGAAACUUUCCGUUGAGUGGACAAACAAGAAUCAUCAGGAUCUAAGCCAAGAUCCCGAUCGCGUCCACCUCCAUCCCCAGGAGCUCGCAGUCGCGUCUACACUACGACUGAAAUGCGAUCGUUAUCUACUCAUCAAGCGUCUAAUCUUCCAGGAGAAAGUCAAAUUUCUCAAGGAGAACAAAGAGUUCAACAAGACUUCUGCACAGAACUGCUGCAACGUGGAUGUCAACAAGAUCAGCAAGCUCUGGCAAUCAUUCAACGACGUUGGUUGGUUCGACAGACACUGGUUCGAGCAAUAUUUGAACUAGAGCCGCCACGUUGGCAUAUGCGGCAUAUGCUUCGGAAAGAGUCACUUGAGAUUUUACCCUUGCCAGCACUUUGAUUGGACACGGCUUCUGCGACUAUUGGUCACGACCAGACUUCGCUUCUUCACCACAGACUGGCUUUUCCUUUUUUUUUUCUGCUUGGACACAGCACGGCGUUAUUUGAUUUUCGGGACGCAAGGGGAAUUUGGCAUCUGCAUGAAUCUGGCUUGCUCUGGCAGCACAGGCCUUGAACGACUUGAUGAUUUGCAUGGAUGCAUGGACAUGAAUCACAGCGAUUAGCACGCCACGGGAAUGCCGGACGCUCCCCUCAGUUGCGAGCAGGAUGAUGGCGCAGCACAGUCAUGCAUUGGACGACACUUUUGGUUUUGGUUGUUAUUAGAGAUACCCCCCGCUCGAGCUUUAACUUAGGCUAUAGCAUGACAGUCGCUAGAGACCCUUCUUUUGAAUUCUUUCUCCCAUAA